GACAUCUGCGAGUACCACGGGCUCGAGAAGCGGCGGAGGCAGGAGCGGCGCUCCUCCGGCGACGUGGCCGGCUCGGGCGGCAGGCAAGACACCGUGCUGAGCGGCAUGACUGGCGUCUCGGGGACCUCCGACGCGAAGCCCUCCGGGUCUCCAAAGGUUAAGUUUGAGGAGCCCGAGCAUGGCGCAAGGGGAAGCGCCAAGAAUUCAGACGACGCCGUGUUGAAGAGUAUGACGUCGUCGAGCUCCAUUCUCACUUCCGUCUCCCACAAGUCUUCUCACGAUUCAGUCUCCGACGUUGACGAGCAAAGUGGCUCCGACAGCGACGAGGACGACGACACGGGCACGGCGUCGGCGAGGCUGGCCAAGAAGAAGAAGAGCAUGGUGAGGAUGCGCCAGCACGAGUCGUGGGAGAGGUCAAAGACUCCCAACCGGCGCUUUGUGGCGCUCGGCUUCGACAUCUUCUCGUCUUCCACCCACACGGACUGGCACGACGAGAAGACAUUGGCAAAGCGAGAAGGUCCUCGUCCUGCCCAGCUAGUUGUGAAGGAGUUCCGCAGGUUUUGUGGUACAAUUCCCCAUCCGAGAACGUGGGAUCCACAAAGGCUGGUUAUGUCGCCGAGCUCAAAGUUUACUCUGUUCUGGACGAUGCUGGAGGGCUUGCUGCUCAUGUCUGACUUCAUUAUGAUCCCGAUGACCAUGUUCGACGAUGCGGACGUACGGACAUUUGGCGUCUCACCGUGGAGCGACAUCUCGCUCGUGCAGAGAUGGGUGUCCAUCGUCUUCUGGUCGUUGGACUUCCCGAUGUCGUUCUUCAAGGGCUACAUCGACAAGAAUGGCGAGCGGGUGUUGCGACCGAAAAAG